AAAACAAACCAGUGAAGAGCCGAACGUAAACGACACACGAAGUGAAUCUUGUUUUUUUUUUUAAAUCAAAAAGUGACAGAAAAGUGCAAAAAUGGUUUCGGUGCAGACGAUAGCGACAAUCACAGUGAAAGUGUUCAAAAUUGUCUUGAACAUCAUCAUCCUGGUCCUGUACCGCACUGGUUACAACGGCGAGUUCCUCGGCGUCGGCGGCACAUGGAACCUCAACGAGGAGAAGAACCCAGACGCCGAGAUCGUCGCGUCCGGCGUCAUCGUCGGCUACCUCAUCUACACGCUGGUGCAGUGCAUCACGUUCCUCUUCGGCACCACUGAACACAAGAGGGCCCUUUCCGAGAUCGUGAUGAACUUCGUGGGCGUGUUCCUCUGGAUCGCCGUGGGGGCCGUGGCGCUGCACUACUGGGGCGGGUACCAGGGCGAGCACCAGUACCAGUUCGUCUUCGCUGAGAAACAGGUGGGCCUAGCAGUUGGUGCUCUCUGCGUCAUCCAAGGAGCCGUGUACCUUCUAGAUACGGCGCUCUCUGUCAUACACUACACGAAGGAAAUACUUAUAAUCGAUAGACGCCGUAAUCGAUCGAAAGUGGAGUGGUAUUCGCGCGGGUUGGUGAGGAUAUCGCCAGGUUCCAGGGAGUUUAUUAUCUGGGAACGCGAGAAAGGUGUCAAAAUGGCCCCCUUGACGGAUACCGUGUACAACUGGGCCAUGUCGGCAGGAGACCGGGAGUCCGAGGCCCAGGCCAAGAAGGGCGAGGAGGGCGCGGGCGGCGACCGCGACUCCCGCGCCGCGGCGGCGCUCAAGAAGAACUGGUGUGUGGGACUCAGGAUAACUGAACUGGUUAUCACGGUGAUCGCCAUUGGUCUUGUGACUGGAGCCCUAACUUCACCUCACAUAGUGCAGUCGAGAUUGUCGCAUAUUGCUGUCAUCUUCUCUGCUUACUCAAGUUACAUCAUCAUCACCGGCAUCCUGAUUCUCGCGCGGCUGUUCGGCGAGUCGGCGGGAUGGAAGACGUCCAUCGGCUUUUCUGUGCUCGGGGUGGUCAUGUUCACCGCCGCCGCAGCUGUCAUUUUCUAUGACUGGCACACUUCGUACUACGUAGUGGUCCGGACGAACAAGCAAGCUUACGAUCUCCUUCUAUCGUCCGGCGUGUUCGCGGUUCUCGGCGCGGCUGUUUUCAUGUUCCACGCCUUCUUCACUUUCCGGAAGGAAGCAGACAUUUAAAAAAAAACAAUCACUCUACUUUUACUAUGUGUCAGAAAUGCCAGUACUGUGUCAAUCUAUUCAAAUUAAAAAAAGUUGAUACAGAGAUAUAGAACGUAUUCUGUAUGAUCUUCAAUCUUAAUUUUAUCUCUUUUAUUAACUGCCCUGUUUAAUUUAUAGCUUUUAUUUAAGUUUAGUAUUAGAUAUUUUACUUAGCUCUGUUCGGGGCACAAUGCAAUUUAAUGCAAUUCAUUUGUAAAUGAUUUAUUAAAAAACCGUGAGUUGUCCUUAUUGAGUAGCUAUUCAGUUU